CAUCCUUCUUCAUUUCUUCCUUUCCUCUUCUUCUUCCUCUUUUCCCUCUCACAGAAUUUGCUUCCCUUGGACACGACAAAAUGGCGAACGCGGCAUCUGGAAUGGCUGUAGAUGAUGCAUGUAAACUGAAAUUCUUGGAGCUAAAAGCGAAGAGGAAUUACAGGUUCAUCGUUUUCAAGAUUCAUGACCAGCAGGUGGUGAUCGAUAAACUCGGCGGCCCUGGCGAAACCUAUGAAGAUUUCUCCGCAGCUCUUCCUGCCGAUGAAUGCCGCUAUGCUGUCUUCGAUUUCGAUUUCACCACUAAUGAGAACUGCCAGAAAAGCAAAAUCUUCUUCAUUGCAUGGGCACCCGAUGCAUCGAGGGUGAGAAGUAAGAUGGUAUAUGCAAGCUCAAAAGACAGAUUCAAGAGGGAAUUGGAUGGCAUUCAACUUGAGUUGCAGGCAACAGAUCCAAGUGAAAUGAGCUUCGACAUUAUAAAAGCUCGGGCAUGCUAAAAACGCAGCCUUCUUGCUUCUCCCUCUCCCUAUGCAUAUUAUUACCAUUUGAGAACAUUGCCUAAUUGCAUUGUUUU